AACUGAGCAGAGCAUCGAGCCAAAGGGGAGAUGAGUUUGUCUGUCCUUAGCUGAGGCUCCGGCCGGGCCUAAGGAACUGGGAGCUCGGGUUGGAGCGACACCCGUGGAAGUGGGAGGAGGUGGCUCAGGGACUUUAACCCCUUGUGGGCUCUGCGGCAAGGGAUUUAACCCUUUGUGCAUCCGGCCCCUCCGAGGCAGCGUCAUCGGUAGUUUUAACCCCUUCGGGGCUAGGUUUAACCCUUUGAGCUGGACCUCCUCUCUUUGCCCACCAACUCUUCGAUCGUGGGAGUGCUCUGCAGAGAUCUCGCUUCAGGUUUCUCCGCUUCCGAACAUUACGUACUGUUCCUGCCGCUACACCUCUCUGGACCCACCAGCUGGCAACGCUGAGGGCUCUUAACCCUUUGGUGACUUGAACUCCCCAAGUUGCAAUUGGGAGUUUGCUGGCAGAAGGACCGGACUUGCUGAAGACGUCACUGCAAGAAUUACUGGCCGGAAAGGACUCCGUUGGACAUUUUUUAAAAGAAAGGAAAAAUCUUUGUUCCUGAAGGACUUACGGCCAGAAAUUUUCAAACUUCGAGAAGAGGACUCUUGGCCAUGGCCGAGCCACUCCUGUCAGAGUGUCAGCACCGGCCGCAGACUAGCCACUGUACAGGUGCUGGGGCUGCUGUUGCUGUCCGCGAAGAGCGGAACCCCGAGCGCCCCCCGGGCGCCGAGGAGCGGGUGCCCGAGGACGACAGUAGGUGGCAAUCGAGAGCGUCCCCCCAGCCCGGCGGCCGUCCGGGGCCAGAGGGGGAAGGGAGCCAGGCGCCCCAGCCACCUCCUCUGCUGACCCAGGUCUGCCCGGACCCCAGCUACCCAGAGAUGGGAGAGCAGGGCCAGAACGGGGACGACCUGUCUGCUGGCGGGGCCUCCCUGCCUGCGGCGCCAGGGGACCCGAAGCCCGAAGCCGAGCCACCCGUUCACCCUUGUCUUGACCCCGAGGCCAACAAGUUGGGGGCGCCUCCUUCCCGGGGCGAGGAGGCGUGGGGACAGCAGCAGAGACAGCUGGGCAAGAAAAAGCAUCGGCGACGCCCCUCCAAGAAGAAGCGGCACUGGAAACCGUACUACAAGCUGACUUGGGAGGAGAAAAAAAAGUUCGACGAGAAACAGAGCCAGCGAGCUUCGAGGGUGCGAGCUGAGAUGUUCGCCAAGGGUCAGCCGGUCGCGCCCUACAACACCACGCAGUUCCUCAUGGACGACCACGACCAGGAGGAGCCGGACCUCAAAACCGGCCUCUACCCCAAGCGGGCUGCCACCAAGUCGGACGACACCAGCGACGAGGACUUCAUGGAAGAGGGAGGUGAGGAGGACGGGGGCAGCGACGGCAUGGGAGGGGACGGCAGCGAGUUUCUGCAGCGGGACUUCUCGGAGACGUACGAGCGGUACCACGCGGAGAGCCUGCAGAACAUGAGCAAGCAGGAGCUCAUCAAGGAGUACCUGGAGCUCGAGAAGUGCCUCUCGCGCAUGGAGGACGAGAACAACCGGCUGCGGCUGGAAAGCAAGCGGCUGGGCAGCGACGACGCGCGGGUGCGGGAGCUGGAGCUGGAGCUGGAGCGGCUGCGCGCCGAGAACCUGCAGCUGCUGGCCCAGAACGACGUGCACCGGCCGCAGGAGCGAGCGCCCCUCUCCAAGUUCGGAGACUAGUGGAAACUUCGGGGGAGGGAGGGGGGAGGGCGGAGAGGGGACUUUUUACCGUGACGGAAUGUAACAUUAUAUACCUGUGUAUAUAAGACCGUGGACCUUUUUACGACAAAUAAUCAGAAGAGAACAAAACUCCCCCUCCCCGACUUUGGUUGGUUUGGUAAAUUUAGCUCUGCUGUAGGCUUGCGUGCUUUCUCCUGUUCUUUAAUUAUGUGAAUCUUAGGGUUUGUUUUUCUUUUCCUUUUUAGAAGUUGGUUGGGGUUUUUUGGUUCUUACUUUUUUUUUAAUGUGUAAGUAAUCUGACCAAGUUUAUAAUGCAUUUUUUUCUGUUAAAAAAAAAAUCCCCUCCUCCUCCGGAGCUAUAAGGUGGCCAAAUCUGAGACCCAUUAAAUUCAUUCUAGUUAUAAUAAAUUUAAUAUUUGUCAAUGUA